AUUUGUCUGUUUUGUUUAUUGACAACCAAUAACACAAGACAAAGAACAGACCAGAGUGUUAAUCUGAUACUAUAAAAACUACAGGCCUUGUGAACAGCAGUGUGUCUUCUUCAAGGCUACAAAUUAAAUCAGUUUCUUUACAUUUAUCAAAACUCUCCCCAAAUGUUCUCAAGGUAGGUUGGAUUAUGAUGUCAGAUGUUCUUCAGAUUCUACUGAAUGUAUAUUCCAUAGAACCCUGCCUCCUGACACAAUAUCCUGUAUCUGCCAUAGAGCCCAAUGCUGGUUAUCACUAACAAUGAACAUAAUCAUUUGAUCAGAGAUAGGACAAUAACAAAACAACAUUAUUUAUGAAGUUAACCAGAUCUCAUUGGUGCCCACAGUUCCUACAUGAGGGAGGCUUGCGUGACAGGAGAAAUCUGAUUGGUCCUGUUUGCUCUGUAUAUAGUGAUGUAGUCCACCACACAGAACUCACCUCUCUGUUUUACACCAUAGCCUCAGGAUCAGAGUACUUACAACAUGAGACCCAGGAGGACAAGCUGAAGAGGGAGGCAUCAGCUGGUGAGCUUGUUAAAAUGGCAGAGUCCAGAGUUCAUAAUCAGUUUAAACUCACCUCAGAAGACUAUGUGAGGGCUGAUGUUGGUGAAGAGGUCACCCUCCCCUGUCACCUCUCACCUGACACCAGUGCUGUUGCCAUGACGAUCAAGUGGUUUAAAGAGACAGAGUGUAUUUACCUGUAUAAGAAUGGACAGGUGACAGAGAGGAGUGGCUAUGAGGGCAGACUGAGUCUGGUCACCCAGGAGCUGGAGAGAGGCACGUGUCUCUGAGGCUGAGAGACUUCAGGGAGUCAGAUACAGGAGACUACAUAUGUCAGGUCAUCCAUGGAGAACAGAAGGAGGAGGCUGGAGUGUUUUUAUGGGUCAGAGGAG